GGGAUGGAAAACGAGCCUCCUUAACGCAGCGUCCCAGCUUCAUCAAGCCCAAUUUAAAAGGCACUAUGUAAAGAAGCCCACGGUUUUAUCUAGGGCCUUUGGCGCAUGUUGUACCACGUGACUCGAGUCAUUAGCCGUUUCCGGCUUGAGGCUCCGUAGGAUGCCGGCUUCCGGUUCAGUUCCGCCCCCGCUGCCGGGCCGUCGCGGUGCAUUGUGGACGCGGUAGUUUCCGUAGCGUUUAUGGUUGCGCCAAGCGUGAGUCCCUGCGGUUCGGGGACUAGAACAUAAGAGACACAAGAGGAUUGCUGCUCUUCCCCCAGUUCUGGGGCCUGCGACGGAGGUUGAAUGUCCCCGGAUGGUUGUUUAAUGGAGAGAACCCAUCAGACUUCCUUGCUGUAGGCCCAAAAGCAGAAGAACCUUUGUGAGAAACGGAAAAUCAUCUUUUAAGAAGCUGGGCUUCGAUUUCCCGCCUUCCUCCCCACACCAAUCCUUUAAUUAUGCUGUAGGAGUAGGGGCUUUUGACCUUCCCGUAUCUGGUGCUGAUCUCACUGUAAAAUGACUUUCUGUUUCACUGGUAUUCGAAGCUUUUCUAAGCCUUGGAAGAGCAACCCAUACCUUGGGCUAGGCCCAAGAUACUCUUAUAUCUCUGUCUUUCUCAAAGACUGCUACAGCAUCAGGAACCAACAGAAGUGGUUUUCUCUUAAAACAGUGUCUCUACAAAACACCAAAGGAGUGAAUUCCCUGAUUGUGAAGGCCAGAUAUCUCAGGAAAAGAGAUGAGGGCAGCAAUGAGCAAGUUUUUUCCGAUUCUCCUCAUCUUUUUGCAGCUGGAGCAGCUAAGAAGAGAUCACUGAUAAAUCCUAAGAGUAAAGAUCAUGCCUUGCCAUCUGUGAAGAACACUAUACAACUCCCAACAAAACCUUUGAGUUCAGAGGAGUGGGACAAACUUAAGGAAGGUUUUAAAGGAAAGGCUAAUUUUGAAAAUUGGAUCCUUUCACAAAUGGCUCACUGCCAUAGCUCUGUAGAUAUGGCCAAAUCUCUGCUAGCCUGGGUAGCUGCAAAAAACAAUGGUAUUGUAGGCUAUAAUUUGCUGGUCAAGUAUUUGUUUCUCUGUGUCUUUCAUAAGCAGACUUCAGAAGUAAUUGACAUCUAUGAAAUCAUGAAAGCCAGAUACAAGAGUUUAGAAUCUGGAGGAAACACUCUACUCAUCCGGGGAUUAAUCCAUUCAGACAGAUGGAGAGAGGCCUUCCUGCUGUUAGAGGACAUCAAAAAAGUCAUGGUCCCUUCAAAAAAGAACUAUAAUGACUGUAUCCAGGGAGCCCUCCUUCAUCAAGAUGUAAACAUAGCUUGGAAUUUGUAUCAGGAAUUAUUAGAUCAAAAUCUUAUUCCUAUGUUGGAAACUUUAAAAGCAUUCUUUGAUUUUGGAAAAGGCAUAAAAGAUGAUCAGUAUUCAAACAAACUGCUAGACAUUCUUUUGUAUCUAAGAAAUAAUCAGCUAUAUCCUGACGAAUCACUUGCACACAGUGUAAAAACAUGGUUUGAGAGUGUUCCUGGAGAACAAUGGAAAGGACGAUUUACAACAAUCCACAAAAGUGGUCAGUGUUUGAGCUGUGGAAAAACCAUAGAGUCUAUUCACCUGAGUCGAGAAGAGUACGAAUUUCUCAAGGAAAAAAUCAUGAGGGAUGUGAUAGAGGGAGGUGACCAGUACAAAAAGACGACACCCCAGGAACUUAAGAGAUUUCAGAACUUUGUAAGAUCCUGUCCUCCUUUUGAUAUUGUCAUUGAUGGGCUCAAUGUUGCUAAAAUGUUUCCUAAAGCUCGUGAAUCUCAAGCUCUAUUGGAUGUGGUCUCUCAAUUAGCCAAGCAGAAUCUGCGACUGCUGGUCCUGGGCCGGAAGCACAUGCUAAGACAGACUUCCCGGUGGAAAAGGGUUGAGAUGGAAAAGGUGCAAAAGCAAGCCAGCUGUUUCUUUGCUGAUGACAUCUCAGAGGAUGAUCCGUUCCUUCUGUAUGCCACACUGCACUCGGGCAACCACUGCAAGUUUAUCACAAAAGAUCUGUUGCGGGACCACAAGGCCUGUCUAUCUGAUGCCAAGACCCAGCGCCUCUUCUUUAAGUGGCAGCAGGGACAUCAGCUGGCAAUUAUUAAUAGGCUUCCAGGAUCAAAAAUAACCUUUCAGUAUAUACUCAGCUAUGAUACAGUGGUGCAAACAACUGGAGACUCAUGGCACAUACCGUAUGAUGAAGACACAGUGGAAAGAUACUCCUAUGAAGUGCCAACCAAAUGGCUUUGCCUUCACCGAAAGACAUAAAGACUCACCGCCAUGCUAAAUCUGUGUGGGUACCCUCCUGGUUGGCAUCAGAGCAUUGCUUCUGUCCUGUUUGGUCCAAUUGGUUUAUAUGGCAACACAUUGAUUUUUUUUUUAAUUAAAAGAGAUAUACUCUCUUUUCAUAACCAGUUGUAUUCUUUCUAACGUUUGUUUUCAGAGGCUUACCAGAGUUUGGGAAUUUGGGGCAGAGUGGAGCCUACGUUUCUCCUCUUGGGCUGCCUAUUCUACUUGGGUGACAGGUGCUUCUGGUAUCCAUUCUGCUACUCCUGACCUUACCUUUCAAGCCCACCAAUAACAGAACCAGUCCAUCUGGACCUGGGCCACUCAUGUUGUUUCUAAACCCCCUCUCCCAUUUCUGAAAUCAUCUCAUCCUCUACAUGCUAUCUCCUACCUACACUGAAUCACUUAGGGUCCUCUGUGAUAAACUGGUCAAGAUAACAAAAGCUUGUUAGCAACUUCUACUUACCACCCAAUGAUUUGGGUUGGAGGAAGGGGGGGCAGUUCCUUCUCUUGAGACUAUGAACAUUUCUUCUUCAUUCUCUAAUGCCUUUUCCAAAUUGGUUCAACAUUUUAUGAACACUGUUAAUGCUGUCACUCAGUAUGAGGGUUUUCCAAACUACAGGUAUCAUUUUCAUUUAAUUAAGUUUGAGUUAGCUUAACAAAGUGACUUUUAGUAGUUGGCUCUCCAUUUUACUCACUUACUAGCCAGUUUACUCCUCACUGGACCUUACCUUGAUUUUAGCUGAAAAUAUUCAUGUCUGUACUACUUGAUGACAGUUCUGUCCUUAUUCAUACACUGUAUAAUUUAAUAUUCAAGAACAGGCCAAAAUAAUCUGUGGUGAUAAAAAUCAGAAUAGUAUUUGCCUGAGGAAAAGGGUACUAAAGAACUUUCUCUGAAGUGAUGGGAAGUUCUGUACAGUUGACCCUUGAACAACACAGGCUUGAACUGCACAGGUAUUUUUUUUCUCAACAGAUGUAUUGGAAAAUUUUUUGGAGAUUUGCAACAAUUUGAAAAACUCUCUUCUCUUGUGCUUUAUUGUAAGAAGACAGUGUAUAAUACAUAAAACUUACAGAAUAGGUGUUAAUCGGCUGUUUAUGUUAUCAGUAAGGCUUCCAGUCAACAAUAAGCUAUUAGUAGUUAAAUCUGGGGUGAGUCAAAAAUUAUACAUGGAUUUGCACCUGUACAGGGCGAUCUGCACCCC